GCAAACGCAUCACCAGCCCAAAUAGCCGCUUUGACAGCGCCUGCAGCAGCCUCUGCAGCUUCUUCAGCAGGUGGAGCGUCUGCGACAGGUGCACCAACUGGAUGGUCUAUAUUCGUCUAUAAUUUGGCACCAGAAACUGAGGACUCAAUAUUAUGGCAGCUGUUUGGACCGUUCGGUGCAGUGCAUAGUGUUAAGGUGAUUCGGAUUCGAUUUACCGACUUUUCGGAGAGAUUUUAUUAUACCAUCAUCCACCGUCACGUCAUCUUCACACUGGAAUGCUCGAAAUGA